ACAUUUUGUGCAAAUAUAUCAACCGAAGUCUCUGCCACCCGCAUCAAAUUUCUUGCGGCAAGAAGGACAGGGGAGCGCACUGUUGUGUGUGAGAGAGUGAUUGUGUGGGGCAGUUUGAACCAGAGGGUGAAGGAUCUGUACCGACCUGAGACGGACUGAAAAGAGCGCGAAGAACUUAAGCUACGCUACGUGAAGGAAAGCCGCUAAUUGAAGAGGCAACUAUGGAGAGAACAAUGUUGGGACAUCUCGCGGUUUGCUGCACCUUGCUAGCCCUGCAAGUGUGUUUGGCUUCAGUCACAGUGAAGGUGACCCCAAAGGUGGAGGUGAUCAAAGGAGAGAAUGUCAAGCUGCCCUGCAGCUAUACCAUCUCUGAACAAACCAGCCAGAUAGUGGUCCUGUGGCACAUAGAGACUUCAAGUGGAAGGAAGCAAAUAGCUUACAAGACUAACAAAGAUUCUGGUGUUGACGCUGGCACACCAUUAACAGACCGCCUUACCAUAGGAGAUGACUUUUCGCUCACAAUCUCCCCAGUCAUGGUUGAAGAUGAGAGGAGAUUUUUCUGCCAAGUGAGCGGGGGACCUCUGGGGGUCUCUGAGGCUGAGACUCAGGUCAAGGUUUUCUAUGCUCCAGAGAAGCCAUUGAUAACCGGAAAUAAUCAGGCCAUCACAAUCAGUCAUGACACUACCUCUUCCUCUGAGGUGGGUAAGUGCACCAGUAGGAAUGCUCACCCUCAGCCUCGUAUUAUCUGGUUUAAGGACAACACCCCUCUACCUGAAUUAAAGGACCAAAAUGAAAAAACGUACAUGAUACUUGGUGUAGUGAAGGAAGCCUCAGGCCUGUACACUGUGACGAGCUCUCUGUUCAUGCAGCCAGUAAAAGCAGAUGCUAAUUCUGAAUUCCACUGCACAGUGGAGUACAGCAUGCCGAACAACCUGAUCAAACAGGAUAGCUCUGAUAAGUUCAAACUCUCAUUGCUCUAUUCAACAGAGAAUGUGUUCUUCAAACUCUUGAAUCAGGGGCCAAUCAAAGAGGGGGAUGAGGUAAAGAUGGAGUGCAAAACCGAUGGAAACCCUCAGCCUAUAUUUGAUUUUUAUAAAGAGGAUGAAAUGCUGAAUGGCUCGGAAGGCAAUCUAACAUUGAACGUGACUCGGGAGGAUGCUGGAACAUAUAAGUGUGAGGCUCAGGACUUUGAUGCUCUACCAGAGGUUGAUCUUAUAAAGACACUCCACUUCAAAGUGCAUUAUCUUGACCCUGUGGUAGUUGCUCCAGAAGGUCCUCUGCUAGCUUCUCAGGGAGAUGUUGUGGAGCUUCAGUGUAAGACCAAGUCUUCAGAUGAAUACACCCUGCAGUGGAAAAAGGACUCUAAGGUGCUGUCGCAGUCGGGUGUGUUGACUUUGCAGUCAGUGUCUUUGGCUGAUGCUGGUGUGUAUGUAUGUGUCGGAGCUGUACCAUCUGUGCCAGGACUCCAAAAACAAGCCAGUGUCAAUCUUACCGUCUCAGGUAAACCUGAGAUUGAUGCUCCAGUGAAUGGCUUUGUUGCCAAGGAGGGAGGAAUGGUAACACUCAACUGCUCUGCUCUUGGUUAUCCUGCUCCACAGUUCUCCUGGACGCCCUCUGGCAAAGUGUCAGUGACCGUAGUGGGGAAUAAAGUGAUCAGCACAGUCACUCUUGGAACCACGGCUGCUGUUUUGAAGGAUGGUGUCACGUGUGAAGCAUCUAACAAGCAUGGAAUUGACAGCAAGAAGUUCAAAGUGUCCUUGAAAUCAUAUCCAGCGACAGACGCAGUAGACAAUACCGCUAACCGAGGAAACCCUGUGUUUAAAACAGCGGAAAAACAGCAGGGAGGUUCAAGCAUAGUUGUGAUCGCCGUAGUGGUGUGUGUUCUACUGCUCCUUCUGUUGGUGGCUCUACUCUUUUUCCUCAAUAAGAAUGGCAAGCUCAGCUGCGGGAAGAAGGACAAAAAGGAUGUAGCAUCUGGGGAGGUGAAAGGUGGUAUUGUGGUGGAGAUGACGACCAAUGACAAGGGCAACGAGGAUUCUAAUCUGCUAAACAAAACUCCUACAGAAUAGUGUUUAAGAGAGAGACAAAAAAGAGAUACAGAAGAACAAGAUCACCAGAGGAGGAGAGGAUUUUCCUUUCAAGAAAAUAAAGCAUGAUGGAGAAGAGAGAAGAUGAAUUCAUUUUAGCUAUACAGGUUGCUUUGGGUUGGGGGGAGGGGGUUAUAAUUUUUAAACUAUGGGUGGGUUUCAAUUUAACGGGGGAGGGGCAAAAAAAUCUUUUGACAAGUGUACAAUUUUGUGUAUAAUUAUAUAAUCAAGAUAUUUUUUGUCCAUAAAUAAUGAUAUAGAGCACAAAAUAACACCAUUCAUUGUGUCUACCCUGAAACGAAUCAGAAAAAUGUACCCACUGUAUGUUGCUGUUGUUCAUGCUGUGCAGUGCCCUGGUUAUGUCUAUUAGAUCAUGGUGUUGCACAGUGCAGUAUAGCCCUUUUGCAUUACAGACUGCACUUAGCCUACUGUCUAAAUGUAACUGCAUACAUGCCAUUAUUCUAUAGUAUGACCUUUAGCCACUUUGGGCAUGAUCUGCAUGGAAUAUAUGAAUAUGUCAUCACAUACACUGUAAGUUUGACAAAUGAAAUGAUCAAGCUCUGUCAUUCAUAUCUGCCUUUGUGAAGUCCAACAUUUCCAUUUUUGCUUCAGAUAUUUAGACCGUGCCUACUUGGCACACAAUGUGUUAUUCGCAUGUCUUUCACUAUAUUUUGAGUAAAAACCAAAAGCCAGGGGAUGUAUCAAAGAAAUAGAGGUGAGGUGGGUCAUUAAUUGUAAAGAACUGAACACCACUAAAACCAUUUAUCUGAAUGCACACAGCCAUUCAAUUCAAGUCUGAGAGUUACAGCUAAUCAACUAAUUUCCUCUACACUGAUUUGGAUUCCAUUCUACAUCCCAAACAUGUUCAAAGACUUUAACCUAACUCCGUAAUUAUUAAGCAUGUUAGGGGGACAGGUCAGGACUUUCUUGUGGGAUUUAUUUUUUUCCUCUAAAAUAACUCCUGAGAGAGUUAAGGGUUGAUUAGUUUAUAUAUUCUCACCUUUACAUUUCUUAGUUUCUUUUAUGGCUUAUUUAAUCUUUUAAGCACAAAUCAUAAUGCAGAAACUUUCACAAUAUACUUACUUUUCUUUUUCCUAAACACUGUAAUCUUCACUAGGUUAUCAUUAUUUAUAUUUAGAGAAACCUGUGAAAUGAAAUACCUUCGGCCUUUCUCCAAUCUUAAGUGUGUUGCUCUGUGCCUAGCUGUUUGUACAGUAAAACUCCAAGACUUCCAUAAAAACAUUAUGCCUGUAAAUUCCACAUGGAAGGAGAUAAACAAGAACACCUUGUAAAAGUUGAGGGACAGGGACAUCAUUUCUCUACUGUUGUUAGAGUGAUCAGCUUUUUUGUUAUUUAUCAUUAUUUGUAUUAAUUGCAAUUUUCAUUUUGCCUUCGUCUGUUUUUGAAACCAAAAAUAUUAGUUAUGAAAAAGACUGGGUGUAAAAAAUAAUUUCUGUAAGCCUGUAUAUGAUGUUCUAUGUUUUUGUGUUUUGCAUAUACAUGUUUUUUUCCCCUCAGUAAAAGCACACUCUUGUUCAGGUGAGGCACAGCUGGAAGAUUCUAUAAUCACUAUCUUCAGAACACACUGCCAUUGUUUUCCCAGACCCUACUGUUAAACAAAUCUGUGAGCCUUGUUAUUUUCUUCUAAUAACAGAUUCACAGUGAGCUGUUACUUGAGCCGGGUUCUCUUCCAGAGAAAUUACCAGCUAGAAUAAGGACAAGUUUCAACUGUUUUCAGAACUCUGAUGCCCACAGACAAAUAUGCACACACAAAUACAUACAGUGAUUCUCUGCUCCAACAAAACUGAUUACCUACAAUUGGAUAAGGACAUGGAGACGUAUGCACAGAAAUGGACUCAUAACUCUCCAUGUCUUAUAUAAAAUGUAAUAAUAACAUUUAUUAUUGUUUUUACCUACUGAGUCUGUGUAUGUAGUUGAGAGUGUUCUAAUGAAUUGGCAUGUAUUAGUUGACCUCUAGACACAUGGAACAUUAGCUAAGAAACUCUGAACUUCUCAUACACUGGAAAAAUACAGUGGCCAAUUCAAUUAUGUUUUACUUUUAUCUUAAUGUUUUCACAUAUUGGCUACUGAUUGAAUUCAGCCAUGGCUAUAUGUUUAUCAAUGCAAUGUGAUUUAGUUUAGUUAUGGUCAAUAUUUACAUGCCAAGAUAUUUGAGCACCCACUUUAAAAUAGUGUGAAACAAAAAUGUUUUCUUUUUUUUGUGUGUGUGUUUUUUUUUUAGGAGGA